CCUGCGAGUUGCUUCUAUGUAUGAUUUUGGGUUCCUCAUCUGUACGAUAGUUCUUUGUUGUGCCUUGCUUGUAUGACUGAUUUUUGGUGCAUCGCCUCUAUGUGGAUAUGUUCCUUGUUAACCUUGAUUGUUGUAUGUGCUUGAUAAGUUCUCUCUGAGAUGGCUCCCAAGGGUGAAGGUAUAGUUGAGUGGACUGACCAGCUCGAGGAAGCUUUAAUCGAAAUCAUGGUUGAUAAGUUCCAAAGGACGCACACAUCUUCUUGGAAAUGGAAGAACUGGGAACAGAUGAAUACAGAACUGGAACAGAAAUUUCCUGGUGUGACUCUUGGCGCGGACAAGUUGAGGGCAAAAUCACGGCGGAUGAAGAGUCAGUACAGUCAGUUCACAGAGCUCAUUCAGCACACUAGAGUAGGUUGGGAUGAGCAGACCAACACUGUCAAGGCGAGUCCUGAUAUUUGGGACAAGUUUAUCAGGAGGCACAGCAACUUCAAGAUUUUCCGGGCAAAAGGCUGCAAGCAUUAUGAAGCCCUUCAUCUGUUGUACAGAUCUGCUACAGCAACAGGUGGUCUACGAAUUUCUUCCACUGAGCCACCUAAGAGCCCUCGAUCUUAUGCACGGAUGGAAGAGCAGUUUCUAGCAGGCCGCAACAGCCGUGGGAAAGAACCUAUCGAUCUUGAAGAGGGAUCCGGCGACAGUGAUGACGCGGCUCGUGAGCUUGAUGACCCUGUCGUUACAGGGUCCAGGCGUCGCGUCAGGAAGAGAGGUUCGAACACGAACUCGCAGAUGCAGGAGCUGAUCGACUUUCCAUCAACUUUACCGGAAGACACAAUGACAACCACCGGAAACUCAGCACCAUAUGAUGAUGACUCAAGUGAUGACGACGACUACAACCCACUAGAUUUGGCUGUCCUUCUGUCUGUACAGGCAGCAGCAUCUGAACAUGUCCCCCGUAGACGGCCAUGUAGAACUUCAUGA